UAUUCUUGCCAGCAAGUUAAAGAAGUAUGGGCUGGAUGAAUGGACGACAUUGACGAGUGCAACAAGACCCGAGCUAUCUGCGGCCCCAACGCCACGUGUAUCAACACCAUCGGGAGCUACCGGUGUGAGUGCCGGGCCGGCUAUGUCCCCUCCACCAGGAACACGACCCUGUGCCAAGAGCUCACCUGCCCCCCGCUGCUAGGUGAGGACAACUCUGCCGGAGCCAAGAACGUCCUGGGCAGCUUCCAGGCACAGGUGGGACGUCUCUGCAAGGCGGCGCUGGAAGAGCUGAAGCAGAUGAACUCUCAGAACGCUGAGGGAAAGCUGCAGGGCUUCCUGGACAUUCUGGAGAAGCAGAUAAAUCUGGUCGGGCAGCAGAGCGAGAGUGUGGAGUGGAGACACCAGAUCGCAACGGAGCUGAUGGCCCUAGUGGAGAAGCUGCUGAGAAUGCUGGGCCUGACUGUGCGUGAUAGGAUCAGCAUCGCAUCCCCCAACGGCACAGAGCUGGAGCUGGCGGUCAGGCAGGCUGGGAACCAGAGCCAAGAGACCGUGAUGCUGCAGCAGAGCAAGAUGCAGAUGGAAUUAAAGUGGGCCGGAGUCCCAGGGCAGAAAAAUGAAGGCUUCACGCUGGCCGGGCUGCUGACAUACCAGGGGAUGAGCCCCAUCCUGGACGGUGCUGGGCGGGUGGAGGUGCCCGAGUGGGAUGAGAUUGGCCGGACGGGGAAGUGGGCGCGGGAGCCGGGACGGCCCAGCUACCGUGUACUGUCUCCGGUGGUGUCCGCCUUCAUCAGUGACCCGAACCCCCAGGCACUUGGCCUCUCUGUCAGCAUCCACUUCAGCCACCCGGUGCCAGAGAACAAGACUGACCUGCAUCUCCUCUGCGCCUACUGGGAGCCUGGCAGCAGGCGCUGGGCCACCGACGGCUGCACCCUGCAGAAGUUGAACGCCACCAUCACCUACUGCUAGUGCAACCACCUGACCAGCUUCGCCGUGCUCAUGGUCUUCUAAGAGCUGGAGGAAGCUACUCUCAGUUUCAACAUCAUCACCUACGUGGGACUGACCCUCGCCCUGCUGUGCCUCUUCCUCGCCAUCCUCACCUUCCUCCUGUGCCGCUCCAUCCGCAACGUCAGCACCUCCCUCCACCUGCAGCUCUGCCUCUGCCUCUUCCUGACCGACCUGCUCUUCCUCACCACGGUGACCCGCACUGGCAGUCGGAAGGUGUCACCGCCUGCCCAUCAGGAAGGACAAUUGAAUCCAAAUGGGCCAUUGCAGGACAUCACAACACAAAGGCUUUGCUAAUGAUCCCAUCGCACCCAUGGAGAGGCUCCUGCAAAAGGGCUCGACCCAUCAGCUUGAAUUAUGGAAGAAGGAAAUAAAACUAGAUGACAAGAAACUUUCUCCUCUCUCUCUCUCACUCUCUUUGCGGUUUGGAGUCUCACAGGGCUGGAGCUGGGAAACAGGAGCUGAGAUCCCCUGGGUCAACCUGGGUUAGCCCUAAAAGACAUUCAGUGCUGACAGGUUACUACAACUCUGUCACCUUUUGGACCCACAGAGUGUAACUCAUUUGCA